UGGUCCUGGAUCUCAUUUUUCUUAGCUGAGCCAAAAAGUGUUACAAUGCCUCCCCCCGGUGUGUGUCUGAACAUUAUGGAGGCUCGUCAGAAGAAAGAAGGUUAUGGAAGUGCUGACAACCCUGAGAAGUUUCUCAACCAAGACUAUCAGCAGCUGAAACAAUACUGCCUCAUCCAAGGAGUGAGAUACAUAGAUGAGAUGUUCCCCCCUGACAGGAACUCCAUCGGUGAAAGGAUACUGAGUCCCUCUGACAUGGACCGAGUGGUUUGGCUGAGACCAUCGAAAAUUGCUCCAAAUCCAGCCUUUGUAGUUGAUGGAUUGUCAAGGUUUGACUUUGGUCAAGGGCUUAUAGGAAACUGCUGGUUCCUUGCAUCUAUUGGAGCUCUAACAUUCCAGGAAAAGAUCCUUGGGCAAGUCGUCCCCCUUGAGCAAACGUUUGAGGAAAACUAUUGUGGGCUGUUCCACUUCAGGUUCUGGAGAUUUGGGAGGUGGGUGGAUGUCAUCAUUGACGACAAGCUUCCAACAAUCAAUGGAAGACUUAUCUUUGUUCACUCCAAAGACCAAAACGAGUUCUGGCCUGCUUUGAUGGAAAAAGCAUAUGCCAAGGUGUGUGGUUCUUAUACCGAUAUGAACGCUGGAACUCCUGCAGAAGCCAUGAUGGACUUCACUGGUGGUGUUCACAUGUGUAUCCAGCUGUCAGAUCCCCCUCAAAACCUUUGGGAGCUAAUGUACAGGGCUAGCCAGUCCAAGACCUUGAUGGGCUGUGGUACAUUUCAAGGGGAAACAUCUGACAAUACCAUAUUGUUAAAUGGAUUAGUCCAAGGCCAUGCAUACACUGUGACUGGUGUUAAACAGUUGAUGAGCCAAGAGAAACUGGUCGAGCUUGUGCGUUUGUGGAACCCCUGGGGCAAAGGAGAGUGGAAGGGAGACUGGAGUGAUCGGUCAUCCCUGUGGAAAACUGUAAAUGCUGAAGAUCGUGAAAUGUGCCUUUCAGUGGUGGAUGAUGGAGAGUUUUGGAUGACCCUGAAGGACUUUAGUACGUUUUACUCAAAUCUUGACAUUUGCUCCUUGUGUCCUGACUUCCUUGAUGGAAAUCAAUCCUGUUACUGGAAGAGUUCUUUACAUGAGGGAAGAUGGGUUGCAGGAACCACUGCUGGAGGAUGCAUGAACAAUCAAGACAGUUUCUGGACUAAUCCACAGUACCAAGUCAGAAUCGAUGGUGAACAUUCAGAGAAACAUGGUGACAAAAACAUGUUGGUGUCUCUCAUGCAAAAAUCUGACAAGAGGAACAGGCGCCUGGUCCAGAACCUGCACAUUGGAUUUUCUGUAUUUGAGGUGACUGGACAUAAGUCGCAGGCGGGUAAAUUCCCAGCCUCGUUCUUCAGCAACAACACACCUGUUGUGCAAAAUAAAAGCUAUAUGAAUGCUCGUGAGGUGAUGGAGCUUUUUACGCUGAAGCCUGGUGAAUACCUGAUUGUGCCGUCCACCUUCAAACCCAAUGAGACUGCAUCCUUCAUCCUGACCAUUCUCUCCAAAGCAGAGACCCACGGCUAUGAGAACUCUGGUGACCACAAACAUGAGCCAGUUGGAAAGCUCAAAAACGUCUCAAAUGUGCAGGAUGAUGAAAACAAGAAAAAAUUAUUCCGCCAACACUCUGACAAGUAUGAAGAAGUGGAUGCUGAGCAGCUUCAGAGACUUCUGAAUGACAGAAUGCUCAAAGGCGACCUAAAGUUUGGAGGAUUCAGCCUUGAUGCCUGUCGCAGCAUGGUGGCUCUGAUGGAUACAUCAAUCACUGGAAAACUGAAUGGUGAAGAAUUCCUUCGUUUGUGGAAGAAGGUUGUCACAUACAAGGAUAUUUUCUUCCUCACUGAUGUUUCACGCACAGGAACACUGUCACUCAGUGAGCUGAGGAAUGCAUUCAUGGCCUCAGGUAUGAGUGUCAGCGAUGACAUGCUCAACCUGAUGGCUGUGCGUUACAGUGACUCCACCCGACACAUGACACUGGAGAGCUUCAUCAGUCUCAUUCUGCGUUGGGACUGCAUGUGCAAAAUCUUCAAAGAGUUGUCAGACGGAAAAGCCAUGAGUCUGCGAGCGUCCGAGGUAAUGAAAAUACUGUUGAAGUUAGUUUCUCUGAAAAACAGAGGAAAGGAACAUGUGUAUGCUUUCUGUGAUUGGAGUUCUUUUGUAUACAAAGCACUGCAUUAA